UUCUUCUUCUCAUGUUGAAGUUGAAAAUGGAAACUCCGGGGGGAAAAAACCAACAAGCUGGAAUGAAUCCAGAAUUAAGUUGCCAUCCAACUACUUCCAAUUCAUGUACGACAAAAAAGAUGGCAAAGGCUUUUUAGUUAAAUGCCUCAUAUGCCACAAGACAAAAACAAAGUUUAAUAAAAAAGGCGAGAUUGAACUUCUGACCAUUACCAACAAUUCUGGCUACAAUGCCAAAAGGCACAUAAGAACAAUACACCCUACACACCUAACAGAAUUUAACUCUGCUUGGCAAAGAAGAAACCAAGAACCAAGCGAAGAAAGACAGUCAUCUAAUCCUGUUCAAGCUGGACUCUCUACCACGAGAAAAUUAAAAAAGGCUAAUCAGCCUUCUAUAAAGAAUCGUUUGGAUAGUUCUUGGAAGUAUAAGCAGAUUAGAACACAGGAAGAUUUGGACAAAGCUAUUCUGAACCACCUGAUUGCUGACCUCCUUCCUUUCAGUGAAGUCGAAAAGGAAGCAUUCAAGAACCUCAUUGGUGGAUUGUCUGGGCCACUUGUUAUAAGGAGUCGCCCCUUCAUGGUGGAACUAUUAAAGAAGACUUACAGCAAGAGUAAAGCAGAUUUGAUUUUUGAACUUGACAAAGCUGAUUAUGUCAGCACCACAGCAGACUGCUGCACUUCACGGCGACGUAGCUUUUUGGGAAUGGCAGUUCAUUGGAUGGGACAAGAUCUUGAUCGUCGCAGUGCGUGUUUGGGUGUUAGAUGAAUUUACGGUUCCCACACAUACAAUGUUGUUGGCAAGGCCAUAUCAGAUAUGCACACAGAAUUCAAGAUUUGCUCCAAAGUAAACUGCACCAUUACUGACAAUGGAUCGAACUUUUUAAAAGCCUUUGACAUGUUCAAACGACCUUCUUCACCUGAAAAAAACCCAGCCACUGAUGAAGAUAUGUCCCAUGACGAAGACGAGAAAGACGAUUUUGUAUUUAUUGAUAUAGGCGACAUUUUGAAUUGUGGACCAGAGGAGGUAGAUCUUGGUGACGCUGACGAUGACUUAUGCCUUAAAGAUCAUAUUCAUCUACCUCCCCACAUGAGAUGCAGCUGUCAUUCCCUGAAUUUGGUGGCCACAACUGAUGUGAAGAAUAUUGACAGUGUACGGUUUCAAAAAUUGAAGAGCAGUGUGGAUGCAAAGCUUACGGCAAUCUGGAAUAAACAGAGCCGUUCCUCCUUAGCAUCCGAUUUCAUCAAAGCUACAAUGGGCGAACUUUUCGUGAUCUACAACGCCACAAGAUAAGAAAUUGGAAUUUGCAUUGUAUUGAAAUUAUUGAUAAAUUGCUGAUAUACUGAUUAUCUAUUCUAGGUGGAACAGCUAUUUUGAUGCUUUGGUUAAAGUGGAAAGCUUUUUGACGAAAAAUAGAGAUAACCUUGCUAUUGCCUUUGAUCACUUCAAACUGAAGAAACUUACUGUUUUGGAAGAGGAAUUUUUGAGGGAAUAUAUUAAGAAUGAAGCCACUAACUGAAGCCCUUGACGUCUUUCAAAAUGAGGAAAAAAUGUCAGCUGGGUGUGUCCUCCCCGUUCUCACGAUUUUGAAGGAAAAAAUUGCCGAAUUCAAAGAAGAUAGAAACAUCAUCCACUGCACACCGCUUGUGAACUGUCUUUCAGAUGGAAUAGAGAAAAGGUUUCAAUCGUUCUUCCUAAACAGCGAUCUCCGUCUCGCAUCUAUAAGUGAUCCCCGCUUUAAAUUAUCAUGGUUAACCAAGGAACAGAAACCUGAAUACGUUAAACUUCUCGAAAAAGAAGUAAAGAGAUGCGUCAGCAAUUUGGCAAAUGAAAGCAUCGAGGGUGAAGACACCGCCACAGUUAGUUUAAGUGAAACUGCUUCACCACCAAGGAAAAAUUCCCGGUUCUUGGACGGGUUGAAAUGGAAGGCCUCUGCGGAACUGGGCGAAGUGGAUCGCUACGUCAAUGACGGCUACGGUAUUCUUGAGGAUCUCAAUCGCUACCAAACAAUCAAGCAAAUAUUCAUACAGUACAUUAGCGCAUUGCCAUCUUCUGCUGCCUGUGAGCGCCUGUUUAGGGUUGCUGGCCUGAUUUUUGUACCGAAGCGUACAAAUUUAUCUGAUGCAAAUUUUGAUAGACUGGUUUUCUUAAAACAAAAUGGCACAUGUUCAAGAAACUGGAAGACUAGUCCUUCUAAAACUAAGUAAAAUUAUUACUAAGUUAAAGUAAAUAAGAAUUCAAUUCUGAAAAAAAGCCUUAACUGAAACUCAAAAAUGUA